AUGAAUUCUUGCAUGAUUACACACGCUACACGAGCCGAAGAGGAUGCUGCACGAGCAGAAUGGUUCGCUGGCCGGGAAGAUAGAAGAAAGAAGCGACAAGAGGAGGCUGCCGCUGUGGAACGCCGUCGAGAAGAAGUCAUCGAAUUGAUCAAGGGAGAAGAAGCAAGGGAAGGAGUUGCAAAGGCAAGGCCAUCAUAG